UUAGGAAACCAGACUAAAUACAGAAGGUGUGCGGUGGUGUGUUGACUGUCGUAAAAAUUGAAUUUGUGGUUAACGAACAUCAAACCAAUGAUAAUGGAGCAAUAUCAGAAAGUGAGUUUGUCAUCACUUUGGAAUGUUCAAGGACCGUAUGAUGUUAACAGUAUAGUACGUCAUGUUCACGAAGAUGAGAGCACUGAAGAGUCAUCCUCGAACACACAUAGCAUUAAAUUAGUCCCGCCUCCCUCAACCAACGAUGACAACAUCCCUUCCUGUGAGCUUCGUCUUACAUGUGACUCCUGUACUUUAAUCAGGUCACUGGCAGUCAUUAGCAAUGCCCGCCAUGUUGAACUGUACGAUGACCUGGAUGGUUAUUGCGCCACGGCCAAGGGAGAGAGGCAAGACGACGCGGAAGGGGACAGAGAGCUGGAUGUUGUGACGUAUGUGGCUCAUCAAGCAAUCGACAGUCCAUUUCCACGCUGUAGGCUUAAGUUUAUUUCAUUGACGGAGAAGUGCCAACUGACCCUUGUCCAGCUGACAGUGACCACCAUGAGGACGGAGAGAAGAUCUUGUGGGGUCGGAGGUCAAGGCAUUGAUAUGUCAAAGGUCAGGGAGAUCAUGUCAACAUUGCCUCAGCCGGUGCCUUCCAAUGUACAGGAACUUAUGACGAGUGUUGAGCAAUACCAGAAGAACCAGGCAUCAGUUCUUGAAGACUUCCAACAAGCAGCUGCAACAAGAUUAUCCUCCUCGUCAAAUGACCCGAGGGCUUCACUAGCAUCCAACAUGGCGGGCAUGAUGUCACUCUUCUCUAAGGCAUCUAUGCUCCAGCAACAAACGGCACAAACCCCCGCCACCACUGGAGGUCGCGUCGUCACGGAUCAGAACGUUAAUGAUGAUACAACACCCAACAACCGAUCGCAAUCAAGCUCAGAAAACGCCGAUGCACUUCCAACUGAUCACCUACAUACCAUGAACAGUAUUUCCAAACUGAUGUCGUCUUUCAGUUUGGGGAGUUCGGCUGAGAAUAAUGGAGUAGAAAGGGAGAGUGGAGAUGAGCCACAGAUGUUGAAUGCUUUGCGGACUAUGUGCAGAGACGUCAGUAAAAUGAGGGCAGCAGACAGGCAGACUGUGGAGAGACAAAGUGGGGCGGAAAGGCGAUUAAACCAGGAGCAUUCAAACACUCCAGAUAAUACAAACCAAUCGGAGAAAUCAACAUACAGAAAUGGAAUGGUCGAAGUGGAGCAAAGACUUAUGGGAUACGUUGGUGAAAUGGAGAAGAGGAUUAUGGGAAGGCUUGAUCGUCAACUUGAGCUUCUACAAGACCACGUUGAUUUACGAUUCAACAAACUAGAAAUGUUACUCAAUGGAACGAGAGGAAAUAAAACAAUGGAUGCUGAUCACGAAGAGGAAAUAAUCCCAGUGGAAUUGGACUGAUAGACAGGCGAAGGACAGAGAAAUAAAUAUUGAACAUUCUAAUGUCAACUUUAUAACACCAACAGCUCAGGACUAAAAGUCGUUAGCGCAGAUUGUAGGAGUGUCAUAUUUUGGAUCUCAUUUAUUGAAGAGUAUGUGUCCAAAAUAUUUAUUUGGCAAAAAGUAACAAUAAAUUUUCAUGAAAAACACUUGUUUAUGGAUUUUGGUUUAUUUUUUCCAUUAUCGUGCAAUUUUUCUGAAUAUUUCACAAGGGCAAAAAGUGGGAAACCAGACUAAAGUAGGAAGAAUAUUAUAUGCAAUAAAUAAAGAAAAUUUGAACUAUGUGUCCCUAACUAAACAAAGGAUGCUAAUCACGAGGAGAAAGCUAUUGCAGCGGAAUUAGACUGAUUGACUUGCUGAAAUGGGAUGGAGAAAUAAAAUGUGGAACAUUCUAAUGUCAACUUUAUAAUACCAUCAGCUCAGAACUAACGAACGUUAGUGCAGAUUCUAUGGAUUUCAUCAACUUGCUUUUGCAUAUUUUGGAGCUCCUAGUAAAUGGAGUUUAUUGAUCAAGAGUGGUGUCAAAAUUAUUUGUUUAUCAAAAAGAAAUGUUUGUUACUCAACACCUGAAAGACUGGAUGCCCGAUAAAUAACAAAUCAUAGAUGAUGGCAGUGGAAAAAAAACAUUUGUCAAAACUUUUCAGAAGUUGACCUUGCCAUACUUUGUGUAGAUAUUUUGUGUUGGUGAAAAUUGACAAACCAUGAAAGUUAGACACAAAACGGUUGAAACUUGAAACUUUAAAUGAAAUGAAAUUUUAUUUAGCUUUUUGUUUGAGUGAGCAAUUAAUGUUUUAUAAACUCUCAAUUUAGGACAUAAAUAACAAUUAAGAAUGGAUUAUUUUAAAAAGAUAAAGUACAUGUGAAAAUAUAACACAUAAACAAUAAUGUUUAUACAAACAAUGAAUAUUUAUGAGUGCAACAGUGAAAAUAUUUUCCAGAAAAUGUUUUUGCAGAAAUCAAUGUUACUCUAAAAUCAAGGUGACAAUGUAAUAUAUCUCAUACAUUUCUAAUAAAAUUGUUGGUAUGCUCAUUUUGAAUAAACAACUCAAAAAGUAUAAAUAUAA